GUUGCGGCUGAGGUUAUUAUUUCAGAGCUGGAUUGGUCCCUCCACAAAGACAAUCCCAAUCUUACUGUCACUUUCAUACUAUCGUGAUGUGGACUUAACAGAUAGAAGACACCUACCUUUUGUCCGAGUACUCUGUUCCAAAAUUCGUCACCAACAAAUAAACCUGAGAUCUCCCACGGAGUGGACCCCGAUCGGACUUAAUCUUUGGACACCCCCACAUUAGCGGUCUAGGUACUUGAGACCUCACCAUGUCUUCACACACUCCCACCUACAUCCCAUCUCCGAACUGGGACAUACCCGCCGACAGCGACAUGGUAGUCCUUGGACGCUUGAUUAAAGAUCCCAAGAAUCCUCAAAGCAAGAUUCUCAAGAGUAGUGACGACCCCAUCCCACCACCAAAGAUCUACGAGGGAGAAAAGACCGAUUGGCAAACCACGCUCGAGCAGGUGCGCUCAGGCAGUAUUGGACUCUGGGCCAAAUGCUUGCAGUUCAUCGAGGGACAGCUGAGCUUUAGCCAACUCAAGUCGUCAAUGGAGGAACACAAGUUCGCCACCUUAGAGACAAGGUAUUUCUUGCCAGACGAGGACUACCUAGCGCAGGCGCUCGAGGAUACCGGCGUACAAGCAUACCUUCAGGUGCACAAUUGGCGGAAGCCUGUUUACAUUAUCACCGGGAUAAAAAUCGCCAGGGGGGCUAGCAUAAGCACCGAGAGCAAUGUUGAGAGAUCGGCACAGGCUGGGUUGAAGGUCGAUGCAACAAGUGUAGGUGUGCCUGUCGAGAUGGGACCUGAGGCUAGCUGGGAGUCAAAGAAGAAGAGAGGCAUCUCAUACGGCGGGUCUACCGACUAUAUCUUCGCAUACCAGCUCACAAGCAUGAAGCCAAAAAAGAAAGGCAAGGAAUUCUCGAACAAGAGUUAUGUGAAGGGUGCCGUGUUUGGGAAAGGAGAGAAAGACGGUGAUAUGGAGGUGAAGGUUAAAGACGCUUUCGAUAUUGAGGAGGUUGAUUUGGGGUUCCCAGAUACUUGCUCUCAAGUAGACUUGACUGAUAUUGAUGUCCGUUGAUAUAGUUAAUUACAUAAUUAAAUAUUUAUCUUGGUAUGUCAUCUAAGUCGUUAGGUAUCCAUAGCGGACAUUAGGUACCUGCCUACUACCU